AUGAUCGGGUCACUAAUGUAUCUGACUGCCAGUCGACCUGACAUUCUGUACGCCGUGUGUCAGUGUGCUCGUUAUCAGGCUAACCCCAAACUCGUUCACUUAACUGCUGUUAAAAGAAUUUUCAGAUAUUUGAAGGGAGCACCUAAACUUGGACUCUGGUAUCCCAGAGAUUCGAACUUUGAUUUGUUUGCCUUUUCAGAUAGCAAUUUUGGAGGAACUGACAGGGAUAGGAAGUCCACAUCAGCUGGAUGUCAGUUCCUGGGAGAACGGCUCAUAUCUUGGCAAUGCAAGAAGCAGCAGACAGUAUCUCUUUCCACAGCGGAAGCCGAAUACGUUGCAGCAUCUGCAUGCUGCUCCCAAGUUCUCUGGAUGCAGCAUUGGAAGAUUACAAUUUGA